AUGGCAACGCUCCCGGAGAACGUACACGCUGCCCUCGCGAACCUGCUGCGGGGCCUGCAGUCGUCGGAUAAUGUUGAGCGAACGGCUGCGGAGCAGCAGUUGAACGACGAAUGGUUCUCCCAGCGGCCCGACGUUCUCUUGAUGGGCCUGUCUGAGCAGAUAGACUUUGCCCCAGACUCGACAACGCGCACAUUUGCCGCCGUGAUCUUCAGGCGACAGUCCUCCAAGCCGCGAAAGACCGCCAACGGCCAGACCGCCGACGCCUUCUUGACCCUCAACCAACCCGAGCGCGAGGCCAUACGUGCACGUAUGCUACAAUGUCUAGGAAAGGAGCAAGACACAUCGGUGCGGAGCAAGAUUGGAGACGCCGUAGCCGAAUUGGCGCGACAACACACAGACGAAGAUGUCGCAUGGCCGGAGCUGCUAGGCGCGUUGUUCCAGGGCAGCCAAUCGAGCGAUGCCGGGCAGCGCGAGACUGCUUUCAGAAUAUUCUCUACUACGCCUGGCAUAAUAGAAAAGCAGCAUGAGGAUGUUGUCAUAACUGCGUUCAAGGGCGGCUUCGCGGACAGCAGCACUUCGGUUCGGAUCUCUGCCAUGGAAGCAUUCGCAUCGUUCUUCCGAUCUAUCAAGAAGAGCGCCCAGUCGAAGUACUACGCCCUUAUUCCCGAAAUACUGAACAUUCUGCCGCCGAUCAAGGAGUCUGGGGAUGGAGAAAUGCUCACCAAAGCUUUGGUCUCUUUGAUUGACCUGGCCGAGGUCGCGCCCAAGAUGUUUAAGCCCUUGUUCAACAGCCUCGUUCAGUUCAGUGUCUCAGUCAUUCAGGACAAGGAGCUUGAAGACACUCCGCGUCAGAACGCGCUGGAGCUCAUGGCAACAUUUGCCGAUUGCUCACCCCAGAUGUGCCGCAAAGACCCCAACUUCACCAAUGAUAUGGUGACCCAGUGCUUGUCUCUCAUGACCGACGUGGGCAUCGAUGACGACGAUGCUGCAGAGUGGAAUGAGUCCGAGGAUCUUGACCAGGACGAGAGUGACUCGAAUCACGUCGCUGGUGAGCAAUGUAUGGACCGUCUCGCGAACAAGCUUGGUGGCUCAGCCAUACUCCCUCCUACUUUCAACUGGCUGCCACGCAUGAUGACCUCCUCUGCAUGGCGCGAUCGACAUGCCGCGCUCAUGGCUAUUUCCGCUAUUUCUGAGGGCUGCCGUGAGCUGAUGAUUGGAGAGCUCGAUAAGGUCCUCGAUCUUGUCCUACCGGCACUGCGAGACCCACAUCCCCGAGUGCGAUGGGCUGGAUGCAAUGCUGUCGGUCAGAUGAGCACCGACUUUGCUGGCACGAUGCAGGAGAAGUACCACCAAGUGGUCUUGCCCAACAUUAUUCCCGUCCUCGAAUCGUCGGAACCCCGCGUCCAGGCGCACGCCGCGGCUGCCCUUGUCAACUUCUGCGAGGAGGCUGAGAAGGACAUUUUGGAGCCAUAUCUGGAUCAAUUACUGAGCCACCUGCUCAUGCUGCUUCAAAGCCCGAAGCGAUUCGUUCAGGAACAAGCUCUCUCCACCAUUGCCACUGUCGCCGAUUCCGCCGAAGCGGCAUUCUCUAAAUACUACGAUACCCUCAUGCCUCUACUCUUCAAUGUCCUUAACGAGGAGCAGUCGAAGGAAUACCGCCUACUCCGUGCUAAGGCCAUGGAGUGCGCCACUCUCAUUGCGCUCGCCGUUGGCAAAGACCGCAUGGGCAACGAUGCCUUGUCAUUGGUGCAGCUCCUUGGUCGCAUCCAGAACAGUGUUUCCGAACCGGAUGACCCGCAAGCUUCGUACUUGCUGCAUUGCUGGGGCCGCAUGUGCCGCGUACUAGGAAAGGAGUUCGUUCCCUUCCUAGCUGGCGUCAUUCCACCCUUGACCGAGCUCGCCGCUGCGAAGGCUGACAUCCAGCUUUUGGAUGAUGAGGACCAGGUCGCACAGGUGCAAGAGGAAGAAGGUUGGGAGCUCGUCCCUGUCAAGGGCAAGAUUCUUGGCAUCAAGACCAGCACAUUAGACGACAAGCACAUGGCCACCGAGCUUAUUGUCAUUUAUGCUCAGGUGCUGGAGGAGGCCUUCGAGCCGUACGUCAAUGACAUCAUGGACAAGAUUGCUUUACCUGGGCUGGCCUUCUUCUUCCACGACCCCGUGCGAGUCGCAUGCGCAAAGUGCGUGCCAGCUUUGCUCACCGCCUACAAGAAGGCACAUGGACCCGAGUCGACUCAGCUUGGUCAACUAUGGGAGCGAACAGUGGAGCGCGUGCUUGAGGUCCUCAGCACUGAACCGGCCAUCGACACACUUGCGGAGAUGUACCAGUGCUUCUACGAAUGCUUGGAAUGCAUCGGCAAGAACUCAUUGACCAGCACCCACAUGGAAACUUUCCUCAAAUCGGCGCGUAGCGUGUUGGAGGAUUACCAGGAGCGUGUAAAGGAGCGUCUUAGCGAGCAAGCCGAGAACGAGGACGGUGAAGAAGUUAGCGAAGACACUUUGUUCGCGAUCGAGGACGACCAGACGCUCCUUUCCGAUAUGAAUAAGGCCUUCCACACUAUCUUCAAGAAUUUGGGCACUGCAUUCCUACCACACUGGGAACAACUUAUGGAGUUCUACAAGAUCUCAGCGAAUAACCAAGACCCUACACAACGGCAAUGGGCAAUUUGCAUAUUCGACGACGUUCUCGAGUUCUGCGGCCCACAGUCCUGGACCUACCACGAGCAGAUCAUGCAGCCGCUCGUCGCAGGCAUGCAAGACGAUGUACCUGCUAACCGCCAAGCAGCCGCUUACGGUGUCGGUGUAGCUGCCCAUCGCGGUGGCGAGGCAUGGUCAGACUUCGCAGCAGCAAGCCUGCCCACGCUUUUCCAAAUCACACAGCGUCCAAACGCCCGCGCCGACGACGAUGUCUUUGCCACGGAAAACGCAUGCGCCAGUAUCGCCAAGGUCCUGCACUACAAUGCCGGCAAGGUGCAGAACUGGCAGGACGUGGCCACCGCGUGGGUUGACACGCUGCCUGUGACCAACGACGAGGAGGCCGCACCUCACGCGUAUGCUUUCCUAGCUCAGCUUAUUGAGCAACAAAACUCCGCCGUCACUACCAACCCGGCUAAGGUCUUUGUUGCCGUUGUGCAAGCCCUUGAAGCCGAAACGCUCCAAGGCAAGGUCGGCUCCGCUGUCGUCAACGCCGUGAAGGCUCUCGUCCAGGCUACGAAUACGAAUCUCGCCCAGGUUGCGGGCUCGCUGACACCGGAGCAGCAGCGCACGGUGCAGGUGUACUUUGGUUAG